GGAAACACACAACCCGCAGCGCAUUACGGUUCAUUUGCGGAAGUGCGCCUGGGAAUUAGCUGUGACCUUUGAGAAAGUGACCUUUUUCGAGGAAAUAAGCGCCACAGUCCACUCUUCUGGCACUGGCAGUGACAGUGAAAAGUGCUGUAGGAACCGAGUGCAUUUCGAUUCGAGUCGCCAGAGACAGAGCACGUGGAUAAUGUAUCUGAAAGUGUUCGCUGUUCUGCUGUCGGCGGUGUGCGUGAGCUGUGCUGAUAGCUUUGCCAGCGUUGAGAACGACCUGCUGCACUUCUCGUACAAGCUGGAGCAGUAUCUGGACACCAACAAGCUGCCGUGUCAGGACUUUUACGGCUACGUUUGCAGCAGGAGCGCCAAUCUCAGCCAGACCGGCAAAGAGCGCUUCCAAACCUUCCUUAGGGUGGCCGACGAUGAGCAAUUAAUGGACAUGGAGCUGCAGCUUGUCAACUUCUUCAAGUCCUGCGAGAGUGCUCGCGGAGCGGAUGCACUGAGGAACUCGCAGCUCUACCGGGCCAGCGGGGGCUGGCCUGCGUUGGAGACCGCCAAGCCGAACGCCACUGCACGGAGAAACCAUACUCUGAGCUGGCUGGGAUUGCUGGGCCAUUUUCACGAAAUGGGUUCGCCCUAUUUCUUCAAUGUGGAGCUCACUAUGCAGUCCAACAAGCGGCUGGUUGUGCUCCGGCCUGACAGCACCCGACGGCACACCAUGAGGAAGUUCGAGCAGCGGGUGGGCGAGCUUCUUCAGAGCUUCGACAUCGAGCAGAGUCGGGCUCAUGUGGCCGCUCUCGAAGUGCUCAGCCUGGAGCGCAGUCGCAGGGACAUUGUCAAGACGGAGCACAUAGAGGAUGAGGUGCAGUUCACCUAUGGCAACUUCAAGCGCAGUGCUUUCGGUAAUUCCUCCUUGGCCAGACUCGAUUGGGACGGUUACUUCAGGAAGCUGCUGGGCGGGAAGACGCCACAGGCCACCGACACGAUCGUUGUAAAGCAGCUUCCGCGGCUGGUCGACUACUUUGUGCUGCUGCAGAACACCAGCAUGCACCGUCUGCUCAACUGGAUCUGGACGGACUAUCUGAUGGACAUUGUGGACUCCGACUGCCACCAGCUGGCGGAGACGUACGCAGGGGACAUAUAUGCCCAUGUGGUGCAGAGAGUUAGUGCGGAUCGGGUGGAGCUCACCCAGAUGUACUCGGCCUUGGGAAAAGCCUACACGGAGCAGCUCGCGAAGAGCGUGUGGGUCGAUGAAAUCUCGCAGCAGAGCUCGAAACAGUUUCUGGGCCGGAUCAUGCACCUCACCCUCAAUGGAGACGAGCGCCUAAACGCCGUCUACCACGAAAUUGUGCUGGGACGUCGCAGCUUUUACCGAAAUCUCGAGAAGCUGCGGCGCUUCCAGCGCAAACGUCAGCCGCCCUCAGAGUCGAGCCAGCAGCUGCGCCAGUAUGCACAGAUAUUCGACAGCGUCAACGCCCUGCUGGGAAAGCAGAACCUGAGCACUCCUCUAAAUCACUUGCUGGUUGCGGAGUACUUUGCCAGGAGUCUGGUGGCAGCGGGAAGCAACAGCCGGACACCGGGGGCCUGGCGCAGUACGGACUCGGAGAGGAGGUUCGCCGCAUUUCAGAACUGCAGCGGGACCUCGCCCACCCAGGUGAACGCGGACGAGCUGCUCCUGGGUCUGUUGGCCCAGCGCCAGGCCCUCAGCUGCUACAAGCAAUGGCUCAGGCAGCCUGAGAGGGUUCCGCUGCAGGAACGGAUAGACUCUCUUCUCGGCGUUGGACGCAUGAAAUUGUCCCUCCUCCGGCUUUACUUCAUCGGAAGUCUACUUGUGGACUGUCGGUCUGAGCUGGGCCCACUGCAGCAGGAGCGCAAGCGGCAAUUGGUUCACGCCGUUAUGCGGAACUCACGCGAAUUCGGCGAUGCCUUCCAGUGCCAUUCCGGCGACGCCCUCGCCGGACAGUACCAGCGCUGCAGUCUUCUGUAGGCUCAGGAGGAACUCUCGGCCUGCAUUACGAGUGCCGAGCCUGGCCAGAUUUCGGUCAGACCUUGAACUUUUCAGACUGGUCUCUGGCUUGCGGAAGAAAAUCGAUAGAAGUGUGGCACUCCACGGAAUUAUUCAGUCACAUGGUCAGAAGCUCCCGCGCGAGUCUACCCCUUUCAAUCGAUUGAUUUUCCGAGCUGCUUUCCAUCUGCUCUGGUUUUUCUCUCCCUGGACAGAGCCAGCAUAUGUUUACGCUUAGGUUAGGUUAGGUUACGUAUGAGCUUAGCGUAAGGCAUAUAAACGGAAACGGAAAAAAUAAACGAAAGUUGUGGCAAAGA